AUGAUGACGACGGAGUCCACAUUCGCUGAUCCACCGGAGAUGAUCUCAAUCCCGCCGCUAGAUCCUCUCUUCCUCUCCGCCUCCGAUCCAAUUUCCGAUCUAACCUUCUUCCUCGACGGUGACGAGAACGUAGAUCUCGCAGAUUUCGAUUUCGAUUUCAAAUUCGACGAUUCGGAUGAUCUCCUCAACUUCAACCUCGACGACGCGGAAUUCCCCGCCGUGAUCUCAGAGGAGUUCGGUAACUCUGGAGAUCAGAGUCCAGAAGCGAUUCAAAACCAUAAGAAUCUCGAUUCAUCGGAGACUAAGAACGUCGAGCGAUCUGAUUCCGUUAAUUCUCAGGUCUCAUCACAAGGCUCGAAGACGUUAGGUUGCGACACGUCAUCCUCCCCAGAGAAAUCUUCUCCCGUGAGCAAGAGGAAGAAAGGAGACUCAGGAGGAGAAUACAGAAGCUUCAAGUACCAAAAAUCGGACGAUAACAAAUCAGCUUCUCCUCCUGUUGAGGAGGACGACGAGAAGAAGAAGGUGAGGCUGAUUAGGAACCGUGAGAGCGCUCAGCUUUCGAGGCUGAGGAAGAAGCAAUACGUUGAGGAGCUUCAAGGGAAAGUCAAGAGUAUGAAUUCGACUAUCGCUGAGUUGAAUGGGAAGAUAUCUUAUGUUAUGGCUGAGAACGCAGCGUUAAAGCAACAGAUGGCUGCUGCUGGUGGUGGUGUUCCUCCGAUGAAUCCUUAUAUGGCUGCACCGAUGUUACCUUAUCAGUGGAUGCCGUAUCCGCCGUAUCGAUAUGGAUCACAGGCUCCGUUGGUUCCUAUUCCUAGGUGGGAUCCUAAGCCUAAGGCUAAGGUGGAGAGUAAGAAGAGUGGAGGGAAAAGCAAGGUUAAGAAGGUUGCUAGUGUUAGUUUUAUUGGGAUUUUGUUUUUUAUGUUCUUGUUUGGUAUGUUGUUUCCGUUUAUGAAUGUUAACGAUGGAGGAGAUGGUGGAGGUUUUGGUGGUUUGUCUAAGUAUGAGGGUCGUAGUUAUUAUGAUGAACAUAGAGGGAAGGUUCUUAUGGUUGGUGAUGGGUCUGAUGUUAGGAGAGGAAGUGUCCAUUCUAGUAGAGAUAGUUGUGGGGGAGUAGAAGGACGACUGAGCAAUUCUAGUGAGCCUCUCUUUGCUUCUCUCUAUGUUCCAAGGAACGAUGGGCUUGUGAAGAUUGAUGGGAACUUGAUUAUUCAUUCUGUUUUGGCUAGCGAGAAAGCUAAGAAUGUCUCUGAAACGAUGAAAACUAAAGAACCUGAGUUGAUGGUUCCUGGUGCUCUGUCUUCUGCUUUAGCUGUUCCUGAUGUCAGAGGAAAUGGGGCAAUGCUUCCACAUACUUCCAAAGCUCUCUCUUCUGGUUCGCCUGAUGGGAAAAGACUUCACCAGUGGUUUCAUGAAGGUGGCGCAGGUAAACAACUUUGGUGCUCUUCUUGUCUAAGUGGUAUAGUCUUAAGAGCUAACCCUUUGCUUGCAUCUAUUGUAGGGACGCUAAUGGAUUAUAGCAUGUGCACCGAGGUGUUCCAGUUCGAUAUUUCUCCAGGUGCUAUAGUCCCAUCAUCAGUCUCCAACAUUACAAGGGAGCAUCUCCAAAAUGUCACCACCAGCAGAGACAAGAGAAUGAAGAACAGGAGGAUUCUCGAGAGGCUUCCGGUUUCACGUUUGGCAUCUGAGCUCAACAUUACGGAAGCUCAGGCGAGCAAAGACGCCCAGAACAAGAGCUUUAAUGGGAAAGCUAAUACCAAACCCACAUCAUCAUCAAUGGUGGUUUCAGUGUUGCUUGAUCCAAGGGAGGUCGUUGACUCUGAAACUGAUAGAGUCAUUCCCUCAAACCCGAAGUCACUGUCCCGGAUCUUUGUGGUGGUGCUUCUAGACAGUGUUAAGUACGUUACCUACUCAUGUGUUCUUCCCCGGUCAGGUCUCCAUCUUGUGGCCACCUGA